AUGGUUAUCACAACUGAAGCCGACGCCGAAGAUGAGAAGCCUCAGGAGGUGGGAGAAGUUGAUGAUACGGAUCCUUCGCCUUCUGAAGAACUGCCACGUUCAGUAGCAGACCGGGCUUCCCGAGCUGCAGACGAAGAGUCUGAUUAUGUCGACUGGGAGCAAGAUGAAUUCGAAGAGACCGAGAAGAUUCUCGACGAGCUGGAGAAGGUGCUAGAGGAUGCCCAAGCGCAACAUGAAGCAACUGAUGAGACAGAAAAGGCUAAAGAAGAGGUCCUAGAAGAGCCUGCAGAUGUUGAACAGCAUGUCGACGAAGCGACAGCUGAUGCCACCAACACGUUUGAGGAAGAUGGCGAUGAGUUGCCAGUGGAGACUGCAGGAGCGGAUCCAGAGCCAAGGUCAAUUGACGAGCCAGCAGAAAUAAAAGCUGAAGUGGCCAAAGAGCCGGCGGCAGAGACGGAAGAUGAUGUACUGCAAGAGGAUCCCGUGGAGCCUGAGCAUUUUCCCGAGGAGCCCGAAGCUGAUCUGGCCGAUGAGAGACUAUCAAAGUAUUCAAACAAGACAGCUCAUCCUCCAGCACCCAUGCCGUUGCCAUCACCUGUGCCUAGUGAACCCCGAUCCAUACAUUCACCGGGGCCAGAGCAUCCUCUAUCACGACAUGGUUCGCCUCUAGUCUACCAUGCGUCACCGACAUUUAGACACUCGACUCCUCAUAUGCAUCCGUAUGGCCCUCAUAUGAUGGCGAUGAAUGGCCCUCCUCACCCUCCACCAAUGGUUAUGAAUGGUCCCCACCCUCAUCCUCACCCUUUCCCUCCUCCGAUGCACCCUGGAAGUAUUGCUACCUCUUCGGCAAGCUUUGCUACAGCUUACCACUCCCCCGUUAUUGACCAAGGUCCUAUUCCGCCCUCAUACGCUUACGCCAGACGUCAAAGCGGGAUUAGCAAUGCUGGUUUCUAUAAUGGCCGAAUGGAUCGCACAUUAUCCGGGGGUAGCAGCCACAGCCAUAACCACCGAUCCGAAAAGGCAAACGGCCAGACCAAUGGCCAGACGAACGAGAACAGCCACGAGCAUCAUCAUCUGAUGGGCCGUAUUGAGAAAGUCAUGCCAGAUAUAACACGGCUACUGGACAGUUUCAAAGACACUCAAGGGAAACUCCAAGCCAGGGAGGCAGAGACACGACAACUCCAAUCUCAGCAUGAGCAAGCCAUUAUGCACAAGGACUUCUAUAUCGAAGCACUCCAAAAUCAGAUGAAAAAGGCCGCUAUGGAGACUGCAGAGGAGUAUACUAAACUCAAGAAUGUCAUCAGUGAACUUCGACUGGAGCUCGGGAAUCAGCAAGAGAAAGUCAAAGACCUGGAAGAGUGUCUUGAUGUUUCGAGGAAAGAAAACGAUGGGCUCCAGAAAUUGAAGAUAGAGGCUGAAGGCGAAAUCCAAAGUUUGCAGAAUCGAAUCGAAGAGCUUCAGCUGGCUCAUGAAAGAGCUCUGGAAGAAGCGAAGGAGCAUGAACGGACUGAAUUGUCUUCCCAGAGAGAAGAGCUUACGAAUUUGUUCGAAGAGAUUCGCGCAGAAGACGAGAAUACUGCUAACGAUCGAUACAAUGAGCGUGAAAAGGAGCUUUUGGAUGAAAAAGAAGCUCUCAAGUCUGCCUGGGAGGAAGAGAAAAAACAAAUAGAAGAAGCACAGGAAGCUUUGAAGACCGAGCUUGACUCUGCACAAAGUGACUUGCAGGAAUCGCGCAACGCCCUUUCCGCAAAAAAGGAGACACUUGAAGCCAAGGAGAACGAGCUUGAGUCGACAAAAGCAGAACUCGAAUCCAAACUUACAGAGUUAAAGGAGGCGCAGGACGAGUUAGCCUCGACGAAAAUCAAACUCGAAGCGAACCAGAUAGAAUUGGAAUCGACAAAAGCUGAGUUGAACUCGACAAUUGAAGAGCUCACCAGUAAACAGUCGGAGCUGGAAGAUAAGCACCGAGAAAUCCAGGAAACCCACGAGCAGCAUGCCGCAGACAAGGAACAGCUUACAGACUCCCAUUCCGCAGAACUCGAUACUUUACGCGACACACAUUCGACGGAACUGGAUGGGUUACGCAGCACCCAUGAAGCCGCAUCGAAAGAGGCAGAAGAUCGUUACCAUUCCCUCAUAAAUGAACUCGAAGAGAAGCAAAAGGCGUGGGAUGCCAAAAAAUUCGAUCUUGAGAAACUGCUCACCGAGAAGACGGAUGAAUUGAUGAGUCUUGAAAGAGAAAAGGACUCUCUAGAACGCGAUGAUGUAGCUCGCGAGAAACAGCUACAGUCUGCUGUUGACGAAAUGCGCCGAACAAUUGACAAUAUGGAGAGUGACCGCGAAAAGCUGAGGAAGACAUUGCAGAGCCUGGGUGAGGCCACAGAUCUGAAGACGUCCAAGGGCGAUCAAUUCUUUAUGGAUUCCUUUGGCCAGCUCCGCAAGCUUAUCGUGGAGUUAUCCAAAGACCACUUCUCCUAUCUUCCUAUCGACCCACCCAAAGACAUUUUGGAGAAAAUUCCUCCCGAAAUGCCUUCUUUUCUAGACAAUACACUUGCGUCGCGCGAACUGCGAGCAGCUUAUAUCCAGCAUGUUGUCUCGAAGACAUUAACUUACCGCGUUUUCCAACCUUUCUUAUUCACCCUUGGACGCCGUUACGACAAAGCCGAUACCUUCUUCCAAGUCUUGUCCAUGGACAUUCGUCGCAAGUCCGUUCGUCGGGAAGCUUUCUGGAGACAGCAAACCCUGAAAGCAGCAUACACCACAUCUGAUGCCAAACAGUCGAUAAAUGUGGUAGCCGCCGUCAUCGUAGACGAAAUAGUGGACCACAUCAAGCACUUCGCAGACCCAAAACAACUCGACGCUUUGCUCAUCGGCAUCCGACGAAUCGUCAAAUUGGCUGCUGAAACCUGGCGUCAUGCACGUGUUGAGCGUGAGCUUGUGCUCGCUACUAUGCCUGCACCGGAGUCUGAUGGGGUCUCGAAUGACGACUGGGACGAAUAUACAUGUGGAAGAGAUACCUCCGGUUGUCCCUCAAGUGAUAAUACCCGCUUUGUCCUCCUUCGAGUCUUCCCUCGCAUAUACCGAGAAGCUGCACAUGAGGACCUUGCCGACGAUAAAGAGAGAGUCAACGCUUGUGUCUAUUCCCCUGGAACGGUGUUGUACUCCGAUUCACCGUCUGUACUUGCUCGCAGAGAAGAAUUGGGACGGAAAUCACCGAUUGUUAAGAGCGCCGUCAGCAACGGCGUGGAGGAACCUCGUGCUUUGUCUAGAACUUCAGGCCGGAAGAGUCCGGUGUCUGUUUAA